AGUAGGUCGCGCUUCCAAGAUGGCGACUCCCUAUGUUACUGAUGAAACCGAUGGAAUUUCUGCAGGGACAAGAAUAGGUGGAUCUGCAGAUUAUUCCUUCCCCAGACUUAAUAAAGGAAAAUACAUUGCCUCCACACAGCGUCCAGAUGGUACCUGGAGGAAACAAAGGAGGGUGAAAGAAGGUUAUGUUCCCCAAGAAGAAGUACCAGUGUAUGAGAAUAAGUAUGUGAAAUUCUUCAAGAGCAAGCCAGAGCUUCCUCCAGGACUAAAUCCAGAGGUGAACACUCUGACGACCAAGCAAGCUCCGAAGGGACCAGAGAGCGGUGAGGUAGGACUCUCCAAGACAGCCAAGAGGAACCUAAAGCGCAAGGAGAAGAGAAAGCAGCAGCAAGAGAAGGGGGAGCGAGAUACAGAAGAUCUCAUCCAGUCACUAGAGAAAACGACCCUGUCAGCGACACCAGGCAGCAGUGGGGAUGCCAAAUCAGCUGUGCCCACUGGCAAUACAAGGCCCCCUGCAGGCAGUGGGGAUGCUUCAUCUGCUGCUGCCACAGCCAUGUUGGAGAAGAACAAGAAAAUCAAAAACCUGAAAAAGAAAUUACGGCAGGUGGAGGAGUUACAGGCACGAAUUGACUCUGGGGAGAUCAAGCAACCAACCAAAGAGCAGUUAGACAAGCUGGCUCGAAGGAAAGCUUUGGAAGAGGAACUUGAGGACCUGGAGUUGGAUUUGUAAGGGUUAGAAUUUGAACUGGACAUAAUGUGCAUAGGAACAAACCGUCCCCAGGGGAACAUUCUGAGAACUGUGCAGUACACAGACCAGAAAAUACUGUCUUCAGGCUCCUCCUUUUUACCUUUAUUUUAUUUUAUGUUGGGUGCUGUAUGAAAUUUUUUUAAAAAUAUUUCCCUCAGCUAUUGGUGUGUUAAGAUACAUGGACACUCAAAACUACUUUGCCACCUGCCUGAAAUCCAUUCUAGUUGCUUCCCUCCCCCUCGUCAUUGGGGUGGGUAGCUGGGAAUGCCAUUUGGCACAGUGGGGUGAUGUUCAGAGGCAUCCAAGUGGGUGGAGUGUUCCAUGUCUUUUCCCUUUCCUUGUAUGAUACUUGACACCUUUAUGUGCUCUGUAAUGGUCACUCCACCUCCCACCUACUCUUCCUCCCCCUCAUUUUUAAAAAGGAUGCAAUAAAAAAAUUGCAGUAGUGACAUUUGAGUCUAGGUAUACAUAUUUUUCUCCAUUUUAACCUAAAGUGUAUAUUGAGCCCAAUCUACUUUUUAAAAAACUUUCUCUGGUAUCAGACCUUGCAUAAGGUCUCGUUUGUUUGACUAUUGGAUUGUUGGGUACCUUCCAGUCAUUUCUAAGUUAGUGUGACCCCUAAGGGAAACCUACCAGAGGGUUUUCUUGGCAAGAUUUGUUAGAGGAAGUUUGCCAUUCCCUUCCUCUAGGGCUGAGAGACUGUGACUUGCCAAAGGUCACUCAUUGGCUUUGCAUGGCCAAGUGGGGAUUUGAAUUCUAGUCUCUCAGUUGGAUAGUCUGCUAUAAUUUUCAUUGGUGUAUGUCAGCUGUGAAAAAAGCAAAUUCCAUGUGACAGAUAAUUAGAAAAGAGUUUUAAAUUAAAGGCAUGAAUAUCUGUGGUGUAUCUAUACUCCACAUAAUGUGUGGUUUUGGACACCCCUCAUUUAAAGAAAGAAAGAAAUAAAGCUGGGAAAUGUGCAGGGAAGGACAUUCAAAAUAAAUAGGGGCAGGAAAUGCUUUUCUACAAGGUCUUAUUGAAGUGUUAUAAGGCAGAUCAGUUCAGAAACAGAUGACUAAGUGUGGAGGCUCCAGUUACCUGCCAGUUGCCAUACUGGUAAAAGGAUUUUGGGAGCUGUAUUUCAAAAAAGUAACUUUUCCAAGUUUUGUCUAAUUCCAGGAAUUUACUGCCUUGAGAUAUAACAACAGCCAUAGGAAUAGAGGAGGGCUAGAGAACCAUUCCUUUGCAGUUUGAUGGUAUCUAUCUUCUCUUUAAGUGCUAAACGUUCUGUAAAACAACCCCCUGGAACUUUUUGGCCAGAGCUUCUGAAUACCAGUUACUGAGGAACAGCAUCAGGAGAGAGGGUGAACUGUCUGUGUGUUCCAAAAGGAGACAACUGAUGACUGUGGCUAGCAGGAUGCUGGGCUAGAUGGUCUGAGCUAAAAGGGCCUUUUAAAAAAUGUCUGUAGCUUGGGAAAAGAAAUCUAAGUGUGUUCUUCAAAGAAGUGACCAAUCUGAGCUGUGAAGCUCCCGUCUUUCUCUUUCCAAAUACCUUUAGCUUCUGGAAUCAAUUCCCCACCACUUGCCCCUGAGCAGCCAUGAGGUUCUCCCAAACAAGAUCGUGCUGCAUUAAACCAGAGCCAUUAUUCUUGCAUAUGGGAAAAGCAAUUCUAAAAAAUAAAAAUUGCAAAAUUGAGUGGUUUUCAAACAUGCUGACAGAGUGAAAAGCAUCCUCUUGACUAAACUAGGACAGGGAGGGUUAGCAAUCUUGUUCUUUGUAAUCUUUGUCCAGCAGAUGGUGGUAGAAGGUCUGUUAGAUAUUCAAAUUGCUCAUCUAUUAUUAGAGUGUGAUCCUGCUGUUUUGCUUUUUCUGAACCCAUUUCUUUAUAUAUGCAUAAUGAUUGGUGCAGGAAGGACCAAAGGAUCUUCCUCAUUUUGGAGGAUGGAAGAUACCAAUGUUGUUGAUAGACCUGCAGCUGCCUUUUUAGGUCAGAGUGCCUGGCAGUGAGCUUAAGGAGUAUAGCUGACCUAGUUCCCAUCCCAGACUCCUAUCUUUUCCACCCGACAGCAUCACCACCCACUCUUUGAGGCUAGCCAAUGCUUCACACUCCUUCAGAUCAUUAUAAGUACAGGUCACUGAGAUCAUGGCUGAAAAUGAAACAGUAAUGCAACACUGUGGAAAAAAACACAACAUUUCUGGGGUGUUUUCCUUUUUCUGAGCUCACAGGCUUACUGCAAAUGGCAGCCUGCUAAUGGCACAGAUUUCCCAUUCUCAUGCCAAGUAGUUCACUGGAUCAAGCAGUGGGUUGAAGUCUUCACUCAGGAUCCCACUUUCUUAUAUGGGUGGCUGAGAUAGUGACACCUUUGCUUUCUGAUGGUUCAGUGUAAACAAACUUUGUUUCAUGCUCUAAGUUAUUUAAAAUAUUGUGUGUAAAAUUACCUUCA